UUAACGUUUCAAAUAACACAUCAAACGGUUUUAAAAUUCGAAACAAUGAACCCAUCAAUUUUAAUCAUUUUUGCAUUGGCUGUGGCCGCUUUUGCGACAGCCGACUAUCGACCUGAACCAUAUCGCAUCAAUUUCGGUGCACAAAAUUACACACGGUUAAUCGAUGAGUUUACAGUUGUUUCACCAGCCAAACCAAUCCAACCAAUCCGAUUCACAUUGGAUUAUCCUGGUGGCAACGCCUAUAAAAAUACAUACAUUCGUCGCAUCGAAUACAUUGACUAUAACAACAAAGACGCCCGAACCGAGUUUCGUAUCGUCAAAGGCGGAUGUGAACACAACUUUGCUGUAAUUCAAAUUAUUUCUCAAAUUGGGAAAGGGAUCAAUUCAAAGAUUUUAUUCUAUGGGCCCACACCAUAAUCAACUUUAAAUGCAUGGAAACAGCUGCUGUCAUUAAUAAUUUUUUUUCUUUACAUUUAUUAAUGUAUUUUUGGGUGUAUCUUAUAAAAUUAUGCUGUGUGCUUUAUUAAAAGUUUAUGAUGAAGGGAA